GUGGAGAGGGGCGGGGCGUCUCACGGUGAGUGUUGUUGGUGCCCGCGGGAAAAGAUGUUUAAACCGAGCUGCGGAGAACCGAUUCACCCAGUAAGAUGAAUGAGUCCCCAGACAAAUGACUGCAGCUCCUUUGAUAAAUCAGACGUGACAUCAUCGCUUUAAGAAUGUGACGCUUCAUUCUGUGACAGUGUAACUGUUCUCUGGACAGCUGGUUUGCAUGUGAGAUGUGAUUAACAAAACAGAAAACCACAGCAGUAUGGAGGAAAUACAACAUGCAAAAAUGAUGUACUGUUUGUGGCUGAUGAACGGACACGUACGCAGCAUUCUGGCAGACUCUUCACCAGUGAACAGAUUCAGAAGGGAUGAUGUGGAUCACUUGUAAAAUCUUGCUCAUUCUUCAUGUCAUAUAUAUAUCUUGCCAUGGAAAGAACAAUAAGGACAAAAUCGUCAUACUGGGUACAGAUGGAUUCGUUGGACAAAAGAAAAUUGAUGAAAAAAGUUUAUUGGUUGUUAGUUUAUUCAACGCAUCAUCCAAUACAUCAUCCAAUACAUCAAUGAGUAAUUCAUUCAAUACACCAGUCUGUCCAUCGGUCGGUACACCAGUCUGUACAUUGGGCAGUAUACCAGUCUGUCCAUCGGUCGGUAUACCAGUCUGUAUACCAGAUGGUAUACCAGUCUGUAAACUAGACAGUACAUCAGUCACAUUCGUCGGUACACCAGUCUGUAAUUCAAUCCUUAAAUCAGAUGAUCCUGGUGUGUCUUUAUCAAAAAACUUCUCGUACCAGCUCACUGUAAACAGAAAUGAUGCACCUGCUAUUAUCUGUCUGAGUAAAGGUCCAGAAUUGACAGUUUUACCCAACAGUACCCAACCGGAUUAUGUUUUUGGGAACUCUUCUUAUACAAAUUGUAAACUGUGCAACUGGAACACCCUUAAUACUUCAUAUUUACUGCAACUCAACAGGACUAAUAUAACAUGCCUGGAUCCAGAGGAGAUAUGUAAAAACUCACAGUACAACACAAAUAACUGUAGCAGUGAUGAUAAAACAAACAUUAUCAUGAUCCAUGAAACAGCUACUUGUUAUAAGUGUGGGAAUCCUUUUCAGCAGCUAACUACCAUAAAUACUUCAAACUCAUUUAAAGAUAAAGAGAUAAAUGCUGGAAAGGCAGCUGAGACCAUGAAUAACAUGUCCAACCUGUUGUCUCUGAUGGGGAAUGAGAAUGCUGUAUCUGUGUCUAUGGGUAAUGUUCAGGGUGUUUUAAAGAAAAUUCAGAAUGAAAAAGAAAUCACAACAUCGGCCCUUGUCUACACUCCAGAUAAAGGUGUCAGUAUUUUAGAUGAUCCAAACGCAAUGGCAAGUUUCAACUGUUCGUUCACUAUUCCAAAAGAAGCCACUGGGAAAGCAUUCAAUCAAACCAAUGGCACAUCUUUUCUGGCUGUGUUUCGAUUUCCUAACAUGACCAAGGAUAAAAACGACACUGAAUAUUUGGAUAAUCAAGUUUAUGCAAUUGAUAUGGGGACAAAAAUCUCCAAUCUAAAUGACACUAUCAACUUAACCUUCACAUAUAAACAGGAUAAGGUUCCUCUUUGUGUAUCAUGGGAUGGAAAUGGAAAUAAACCAAACUGGACCACAGAUGGCUGUAACACUUCUAUGGUCGGAAACAAGAUAAAAUGUUCAUGUACUCACUUGACUUUCUUCGCUGUGCUUAUGAGUCCUCUAGAUCCUAUACCUUACCAAGACCUCGUCACGCUCUCCUACAUCACCUAUAUCGGCUGCGGCCUGUCCAUGUUCUUCCUGGGCGUCGGCCUCUUCAUGCACUUCCUCUUAAGGAAAGCGAAGGCCAGUGAUUCAGUCCACGUGUUAAUAAAUCUCUUUGUGGCACUGUUCCUGCUGAAUCUGUCUUUCCUGUCCAAUGAGUAUGUUGCACGCACGAAUAGCAUAAUCGGCUGUCGGAUCAUGGCUGGGUUUAUGCACUACUGCAUGUUGGCCAGCUUCACCUGGUUUGCCGUGGAAGCCUUUCAUCUCUGUCUGCAAAUGGCCAAACACACGAUUCGCAUCCAGGAUUAUGUCUUAAAGAUAUCUGUUGUUGGAUGGGUUCCUCCUGCUAUUAUAGUGACUAUCAUUUACUUCCUGGGCAAAUACGGUGCGAAGACCAUAGAGACCGACACAAGCAACAACGCCACAAUGUGCUGGAUUUUAGACAACACCGUCCACUACGUGGUGAACAUCGGUUAUUACUCCUUUGUUUUCGUCUUCACGUUCGCCACCUUCAUUGUGGUUCUGAGAUGGCUCUGCCUGUUUAGGAGCAAAAGAUGGCAGAAGAUGGAGACCAAACGCCCAAAGACAGGUUCCUCUGACAUUACCACCAUCAUGGGUCUCUGCUGUCUGCUGGGUCUCACCUGGAGCUUCAGCUUCUUCAGUUACGGAGCUAUGCGCUUGCCUUCGUACUACAUAUUCACCAUCCUCAACUCUUUUCAAGGAUUCUUCUUAUUCAUAUAUUACAUCAAAUCGAGCAGCCUCUUUGGAGAUCCUGAUCCCUCAGAAAGCAAUGUGACAACAAGUGAGGACACCAGAACAGAAAAUCCAUAUGAAACCUAACUAGUUUGCCACAUUUAGUUAGUGAUGUUUAACAGAGUUAGAGUUAGCUGUAUAAUAAUGUUGUUUAAGUAGAAAGAGUUUAGAUAAGUUACUAUAUAUAAUUUACUUGUAUUGUAGAACUGUGUUAUAUUUUUCUUUUUACUCUGUAUUAUGUUAUUGAAACACAUAUGUUUUUUAAAUAUAUAUAUUUAUCUACAGCUAAUUUCUCUUUCUAGGUUAAAUAUAUGUUACUCUUAUAUGUAAUGUUAGGCAAAACAGCUGUAAGCUAAUGUUUUAUAUCUAUUUUAAUUUUAUUGUUUAUCUAUUCACCUGUCUGAUGUAUUUUAUGUUUUUGUUUACAUUAAAUGGUAUGGGCUAUAAACUUUUUAUGACCUAUUGUUUUUAACCAUACAAUUAUUAUUAUUAUUAAUUAUCAUUAUUGUUUGCCAUUUUUUUUGCAUUUAUUUGACUGUUUACAUAUUUUUGAUCCAGUCUGUGAAAACCCAGCCAAAAUAUUUUUGUGUGUGAUUUACUAUUUUUUUUCUACAUAAAAUCAUCCUACAUAAUAUAAAGACAAUUCUGUAAAUUAACCUUGAUAUAUUUUAUAUUGACUAAUAUCAAUGAUUCAUAAGCAAACAUUAUUACUUUAUUAAACUUAUAAAAGAUAUGAAACUUUAUCUAGGAUUUCACAGAAAGGGUCACAGUUUAUAUCAUGUUUAUCAAUAUAUUUUUGUUUAUUUCGGUGAAUGGAACCCAUGUCCUGGUGUAUUUAUUAACAUUAAUAAAAUAUAUUUAAACAUGUUUUCAAUAA